AGAGGCCAGCAGAGAUUCGAUAAAGAGACCCCAUCCUCCAGACACACACAGUUUGGCGUUUUGUGUGUUGGACUUGUGACUUGUUUUUGACCCUCUAUGCUCUCUUUCUCUCUCUUUCUUAGGGUUGUCUUCUUCUCCUUCAUUUCUUACUCGAUUUCAAUUCUUACUUUCAUUUUCAACUUUGAGAUCUGCUAGAUUGAUGACAUUCUACUUGUAUUCUUGACCAAUGCUACCCCUUUUCUCAUCCUUAGCUUAUCAGCUCCACCGCUGCUUUUCCGACGUUCCACGCCGCUACCACCGUCGCUCUUGACUCCUACACUCUCCAAGCUCACUUCUGAUGGAUAAUAAUAGUGGUAACAAUGGGGGGCAGCGCUUCCAUAGAAUAUCUCGCCAAUCUCUUGCUCGUCUUAAGUUGGACCCGUUGCUUGAUGAAAAUCUUGAUCAGUGGCCUCAUCUUAAUGAACUUGUUCAAUGCUAUAGAACUGACUGGGUAAAGGAUGAAAAUAAGUAUGGUCACUAUGAAAGCAUAGCUCCAGUAUCUUUUCAAAACCAGAUUUUUGAAGGGCCUGAUACUGAUAUUGAGACAGAAAUGCAGCUUGCAAAUUUAAGACGAAGUAAGGCUGAAGAUGCUAGUGAUGCUGACAUCCCGAGUACCUCUGGAAGGCAAUUUACAGAGGCCACCUCUGACUUGUUGCAGUCGCAUGUUUCGGAGCAUUUUGGUCAUUCCCCUCUCCCUGCUUAUGAACCAGCUUUUGACUGGGAAAAUGAGAGGUCGGUGAUAUUUGGCCAAAGGAUUCAAGAAACUCCAAUGGCCCCAUAUGGCAGAGGAUUGAAGAUCUCUGUGAAAGUCCUGUCCCUUUCAUUUCAAGCAGGACUAGUUGAGCCGUUUUAUGGUACCAUUUGCAUAUAUAAUAAGGAGAGAAGAGAAAAGUUAUCGGAGGAUUUUUAUUUUUCUGUGCUGCCAACAGAUGCACAAGAUGCAAAAAUUCCAUAUGAACCUCGUGGAAUUUUCUAUUUAGAUGCUCCAUCUGCAUCAAUUUGUCUGUUGAUCCAGCUAGAGAAACCUGCUACAGAAGAAGGCGGGGUUACCCCAUCUGUUUAUUCACGUAAAGAACCUGUCCACUUGAGUGAGAGAGAGAAGCAGAAAUUACAGGUGUGGUCACGAAUUAUGCCUUAUAAACAGUCAUUCGCCUGGGCAAUUGUUCCAUUAUUUGAUAACAGUGUUGGUGCAACUUCUGGAGGGCCUGCAUCCCCAAGCAGCCCACUUGCUCCAAGUGUGUCCGGAUCAAGUUCACAUGACGGUGUGUUUGAGCCUGUAGCAAAUUUCACACUGGACGGGAAAUUGGGUUAUUCAAGUGGAAGCUCGGUGGUGGUUGAAAUUUCAAACCUAAAUAAAGUUAAAGAAAGCUAUACUGAGGACUCUCUUCAGGAUCCUAAACGCAAGGUUCACAAACCAAUCAGAGGUGUUCUCAGACUAGAAAUUGAGAAGCACCAGACAGGCCAUUCUGACUUGGAAAACCUAUCAGAAAGUGGUAGCAUGACCAAUGAGUCUGUUGAUCCAGGAGACAGGAUUACUGAUUCCACUCUUAGAAGAUGCCCUAGCAAUGGCUCUGACUGUCCUCAAUCUAGCAGCUCCAAGUGGAAUACCUAUGAUGGGAAAGAAAGUUCUGGAAAUAGUCCUAGUAUUCAUGGAAACCCUGAGAUGAGUGCUGAUGAUUUCCAAGCAUUUGACUUCCGCACAACAAUGAGAAAUGAGCCUUUCUUGCAGCUUUUUCAUUGCUUGUAUGUUUAUCCUUUAACUGUUACUUUGAGUCGGAAGAGGAAUUUGUUCAUUCGUGUGGAACUAAGGAAGGAUGAUGCAGAUGUUCGUCGACAACCUUUGGAGGCAAUGUAUCCUAGGGAACCAGGAGCAUCACACCAAAAGUGGGCUCACACGCAGGUUGCUGCUGGGGCUAGAGUGGCUUGCUUCCAUGAUGAGAUUAAACUUUCCCUUUCUGCCAUCUGGACACCGUUACAUCAUCUCUUGUUCACUUUCUUCCAUAUUGAUCUUCAAACAAAGUUGGAAGCUCCAAAGCCAGUGGUAAUUGGAUAUGCAGCGCUUCCAUUAUCUACACAUGCUCAGUUGAGAUCAGAAAUUUCUUUACCAAUCAUGAGAGAGCUAGUUCCACAUUAUCUCCAGGAUAUUGGCAAGGAGAGGCUGGAGUAUUUGGAAGAUGGGAAGAAUGUUUUCAGAUUGCGCAUGAGGCUUUGUUCAUCAUUGUAUCCGAUAAAUGAGCGCAUUAGAGAUUUUUUCCUUGAAUAUGAUAGGCACACUCUUCGAACAAGUCCACCGUGGGGUUCAGAACUUCUGGAGGCCAUUAACAGUUUGAAGAAUGUUGAUUCCACUGCCUUGCUUCAGUUUCUUCACCCAAUUUUAAACAUGCUUCUCCAUCUUAUAGGCAGUGGUGGAGAAACUCUUCAGGUUGCGGCCUUCAGAGCUAUGGUCAAUAUCUUAACUAGGGUGCAACAAGAAUCAGUUGAUGAUGCUGAACGAAACCGUUUUCUUGUUAACUAUGUUGAUUAUGCUUUUGAUGACUUUGGUGGCCGUCAACCUCCAGUUUAUCCUGGUUUGUCCACUGUGUGGGGAAGCUUGGCUCGCAGUAAGGCCAAAGGCUACCGUGUUGGGCCGGUAUAUGAUGAUGUUUUGGCAAUGGCUUGGUUUUUUCUCGAGUUAAUCGUGAAGUCAAUGGCAUUGGAGCAAACUCGUCUUUUCUAUCAUAGUCUUCCACUAGGUGAAGAUGUGCCGCCAAUGCAAUUAAAAGAAGGUGUUUUCAGAUGCAUAAUGCAAUUGUAUGAUUGCCUUCUAACCGAAGUGCAUGAGCGUUGUAAAAAGGGUUCAAGCUUGGCAAAACGCUUGAAUAGUAGUUUGGCCUUCUUUUGUUAUGAUCUUUUGUCCAUCAUUGAACCUCGGCAAGUUUUUGAAUUGGUGUCCUUGUACUUGGACAAAUUUUCUGGGGUAUGUCAAUCAGUUCUCCAUGAAUGCAAGCUAACCUUUCUGCAAAUUGUAUGUGAUCAUGAUCUUUUUGUGGAAAUGCCUGGGAGAGACCCUUCAGAUAGAAACUACCUUUCAUCUGUUCUAGUACAAGAGCUUUUCCUCACUUGGGAUCACGAUGAUCUAUCUCAGAGAGCAAAGGCAGCAAGAAUGUUAGUAGUUAUCUUAUGCAAGCAUGAAUUUGAUGCUCGUUACCAAAAGCCUGAAGAUAAAUUGUAUAUUGCACAACUAUAUUUGCCUCUUAUUGGCCAGAUUCUAGAUGAGAUGCCUGUAUUCUAUAACCUGAAUGCUGUUGAAAAACGUGAAGUUUUAAUUGCUAUUCUGCAAAUUGUGCGCAAUCUGGAUGACACAUCACUUGUCAAGGCAUGGCAGCAAAGUAUUGCACGAACUAGAUUGUUCUUCAAACUCAUGGAGGAAUGCCUUGUUCUUUUCGAGCACAGAAAACCUGCUGAUGGCAUGCUCAUGGGCUCUAGUUCUCGCAGCCCAGUCACAGAUGGACCUUCUUCCCCCAAGUACUCUGAUAGGCUUUCUCCUGCAAUCAAUAACUAUCUGUCUGAGGCAUCACGACAAGAAGUUAGGGCUCAGGGAACACCUGAUAAUGGAUAUUUGUGGCAGAGAGUGAAUUCCCAGUUAAGCUCCCCUAGCCAGCCAUAUUCGUUGAGAGAAGCUCUUGCUCAGGCACAAUCUUCAAGAAUUGGAGCUUCAGCCCAAGCACUUAGAGAAUCUUUGCAUCCAAUAUUGAGACAAAAGCUGGAGCUUUGGGAAGAAAAUCUGAGUGCAGCUGUGAGUCUUCAGGUGCUGGAGAUAACUGAAAAGUUUUCCAUGAUGGCAGCAUCCCAUAGCAUUGCUACUGAUUUUGGAAAACUUGACUGCAUUACAGCCAUAUUUAUGAGCUUCUUUUCUCGAAAUCAGCCACUGGCUUUUUGGAAAGCUCUUUUUCCUGUAUUCUACAGUGUCUUUGAUCUUCAUGGGGCAACACUAAUGGCAAGGGAGAAUGAUCGCUUUCUUAAGCAGGUUGCUUUUCAUCUGCUACGGCUUGCUGUUUUCAGAAAUGAAAACGUUAGGAGAAGAGCUGUUAUUGGGCUCCAGAUACUAGUGAGGAGCUCGUUCUAUUAUUUUAUGCAAACAGCAAGAUUGCGGGUUAUGCUGACUAUUACAUUGUCAGAGCUGAUGUCUGAUGUGCAAGUGACUCAGAUGAAAUCUGACGGAACACUAGAAGAGAGUGGUGAAGCACGACGCCUUCGCAAGUCUUUGGAGGAAAUGGCAGAUGAAUAUAAGAGCACCAACCUAUUAAGGGAAUGUGGGCUACCUGAAAAUGCAUUGGUGGCAAUUUUGGAAAGCUCAGCAGAAAAUCGAUGGUCCUGGUCAGAGGUGAAAUAUCUCUCUGAUAAUCUAAUCCUGGCUCUUGAUGCUAGCCUGGAACAUGCACUUUUGGCUUCUGUGAUGACUAUCGAUAGAUAUGCAGCUGCAGAGAGCUACCAUAAACUUGCUAUGGCAUUUGCACCUGUUCCUGACCUUCACAUAAUGUGGUUGUUGCAUUUGUGUGAUGCUCAUCAGGAAAUGCAGUCCUGGGCAGAAGCUGCACAGUGUGCCGUGGCUGUUGCCGGUGUUGUAAUGCAGGCCCUUGUGGCUAGAAAUGAUGGUGUUUGGAGCAAAGAUCAUGUAACUGCCCUACGUAAAAUUUGUCCUAUGGUCAGCAGUGAAAUCUCUUCUGAGGCAUCUGCAGCAGAAGUGGAGGGAUAUGGUGCAUCUAAGCUCACUGUUGACUCUGCUGUAAAAUAUCUACAGCUUGCAAAUAAGCUUUUCUCUCAAGCUGAGCUCUUUCAUUUCUGUGCAAGCAUUCUGGAGCUAGUAAUACCAGUUUAUAAAAGCAGGAGGGCAUAUGGGCAGUUGGCUAAAUGUCAUACAAUGCUUACUAAUAUCUAUGAAUCAAUCCUUGAGCAGGAAUCCAGCCCAAUUCCAUUCACUGAUGCGACAUACUACAGGGUGGGAUUUUAUGGUGAUAGAUUUGGGAAUCUGGACAGGAAAGAAUAUGUAUAUCGAGAACCCCGAGAUGUACGGCUAGGUGACAUAAUGGAGAAAUUAAGUCAUAUAUAUGAAUCUAGGAUGGAUGGAAAUCACACUUUGCAUAUUAUUCCUGAUUCAAGACAAGUUAAGGCAGAUGAAUUGCAGCCCGGAGUAUGCUACUUGCAGAUAACUGCUGUUGAUCCAGUGAUGGAAGACGAAGAUUUGGGAAGUCGACGGGAAAGAAUUUUUUCUCUUUCCACUGGAAGCGUCCGUGCGCGAGUCUUUGACCGGUUCUUGUUUGACACCCCAUUUACAAAAAAUGGUAAGACCCAAGGUGGUCUGGAAGACCAGUGGAAGAGGCGGACUGUCCUUCAGACUGAAGGUUCUUUCCCUGCUCUAGUGAAUAGGCUUUUGGUAAUCAAAUCUGAAUCUAUUGAGUUCUCCCCGGUGGAGAAUGCAAUUGGGAUGAUUGAAACUCGGACAGCUGCCUUACGAAAUGAGCUUGAGGAGCCUCGUAGUUCUGAAGGGGAUCAACUCCCACGCCUCCAGAGUUUGCAGAGAAUUCUUCAGGGCAGUGUUGCAGUUCAGGUAAAUAGUGGAGUUUUGAGUGUCUGCACAGCCUUCUUAUCUGGUGAGCCUGCAACAAGGUUACGUUCACAAGAGCUGCAACAACUCAUAGCUGCACUUCUAGAAUUCAUGGCUGUUUGUAAGCGUGCCAUUCGUGUGCAUUUUAGAUUGAUUGGUGAGGAAGACCAAGAUUUCCACACUCAACUUGUGAAUGGAUUUCAGUCUCUUACAGCGGAAUUAUCUCAUUACAUCCCUGCAAUUCUUUCAGAGCUCUGACAUCCAUGCAGAAUUAAUUGUUCUAAUUUGCUUUUCAAUGUGAUAUGUCAGUUAUCCUAAUCUUCCCUAUGAAACACGUGCUUGAUAUUUCAGGGUUCGUAGAUAUUGUUAUUCAGUCGGUGGAUCGUGUAGUCCUGUAAAUCAGAAUGUGCUUGUUCCUCUCAUGCCCUUAUUUUGGCACAACAUAUUUCUGGGGAAUCUACUAUUUGUUCCCUAGUUUUAUUCUAAAAAUUGAAUGAUUUAGUUCCUUAUUGGAGAUA